AUUUUCACCUAACAAUUGUUAAGUACAAUCAUUUCAUCGAACGAUAACAUAACACUAUUUUGGGAUCAAAACAACAAUCAUGUCUUUUAUUAAGAUUAUUACACCUGAUAGCUUAGAAUAUCGUUACUUUCCAAUCACAAAAUCUCGUCUAAGAUUGAGUAUACAAGCUGCUCAUGAUGCAAGAAUUUCUUUACGUACACAUUUGGGUGGAGAUUCAAAUGUAUACGAAAUUAUUAUUGGAGGAUGGGAAAACACAAUGUCAGUAAUAAAAAGAAAUAAUCAAGAACAAGAUAUAGCAGAAGCUGAAACAAGAAAUAUAUUAGGUGCUCAACAAAUGUGCAAUAUUUAUAUUCAAUGGUUUUGUGAUGGGACACUAAAUGUUGGUCAUCAAAAUGGUGAAGUCUUUUUAUCCUAUAAAGAUAGAAAUCCAUUUGUCAUAAAUUACAUAGGGGUGAGCACUGUCUGGGGCGCAACUGGUGAAUUUUUAAUAGAAGAAUCACCAUGUACAUCCACAGUUAUUCGACAACAGUUGAUAGAUACAUCUCAUUUUUGGAUUGAUUAUAACGAAUCAUAUGGUCUUCCACAAAAUGCUGUAAUGGCUUCAGAAGAUGGUUUGUAUAUAGGCCGUACUCAUUACAGAGAUUCACUUGUACCCGGAGGUAUUAGAAAUAAUGUAUGUACAAUCACAUGGGGUGGAACUUCUCAUGAUAUGAAAGAUUUCCAAGUAUUAUGCGGUGAAGAAGUAAAUUGGGUAAAAUCAUGGGAGGGCAGUGUUCCUUUAUAUGCGCUCCCUGCCGGUGAAUCCGAAGACGGUUAUGCACUUUUCAUAGGUAGAGUUUUACAUGAAGGUGUAUAUCAUGUAGGAAAGAUACAACCAAAUCAUCAAAUAUGUUAUAUACCCAUAGAUGGGUUCGAAGAACCAUACAUAGAUUAUGAAACAUUGGUUGUUUAUGAUUAUUAUGUCGCGGAAUGUAUUGGUAGAUAA